AGCUGCCUGGGAUGGUGGAAGGUGUCCCUGCCCACCCAAACCAUUCCAUGAAGUAGGAGGAGAGGGAGGAAAAAUGAGAGCGUGGUGUGUAGUGGGAACUGAAUUUUUGAAGUGCAGUUUGGUUUCAUGCCUAGAAGUUGCAUUUCCUGAGAUUUUCCAGCAGUGACACACACUCCCCUGUGUGGGCACCUGGCUGCAGCCCAGGAUGUGCAGGCUCAGAGUUGGUGGAGUCCAUGAAAUCUGGGCCAGAAUUGAGGUGGUUUUGUUGCUCACUCAGGUUGGAUGUGCCUGGAGUGCCAUGGAGCAGCUCUGCCCUGGGGCAGCUCCUGGUUUGCUUGGCUUGGCAGGGGGAGAAGGGCAAUUGCUGAGCCUGGGGACAGCAGAGCACCUGAUUUUUGCUUGUCUUGCAGGGGCUGAGGCACCAUGGAGCAGUACACAGCCAACAGCAGCAGCUCCACGGAGCAGAUCGUGGUGCAGGCAGGGCAGAUCCAGCAGCAGCAGCAGGGAGGUGUCACAGCUGUCCAGCUGCAGACUGAGGCCCAGGUGGCAUCGGCCUCAGGCCAGCAAGUCCAGACCCUCCAGGUAGUGCAGGGGCAGCCUCUGAUGGUGCAGGUGAGCGGGGGGCAGCUCAUCACCUCCACUGGCCAGCCCAUCAUGGUGCAGGCUGUGCCUGGGGGCCAGGGCCAGACCAUCAUGCAGGUGCCCGUGUCCGGCACGCAGGGGCUGCAGCAGAUUCAGUUGGUCCAGCCAGGUCAGAUUCAGAUUCAAGGUGGGCAGGCUGUGCAGGUACAGGGGCAGCAGGGCCAGACCCAGCAGAUCAUUAUACAGCAGCCCCAGACUGCAGUUACUGCUGGCCAGACACAGACCCAGCAGCAGAUAGCAGUGCAAGGCCAGCAGGUUGCCCAGGCUGCUGAGGGCCAGACCAUCGUGUACCAGCCUGUGAAUGCUGAUGGCACCAUCCUGCAGCAAGUUACAGUCCCUGUUACAGGCAUGAUCACCAUUCCUGCAGCCAGCCUGGCUGGAGCCCAGAUUGUCCAAACAGGAGCCAACACCAACACCACCAGCAGUGGCCAGGGCACGGUCACAGUGACACUGCCAGUGGCUGGCAACGUGGUCAAUUCAGGGGGAAUGGUCAUGAUGGUGCCUGGAGCUGGCUCAGUCCCAGCCAUCCAGAGGAUCCCUCUGCCUGGAGCAGAGAUGCUGGAGGAGGAGCCCCUCUAUGUCAAUGCCAAGCAGUACCACCGCAUCCUGAAGAGGAGACAGGCACGGGCCAAGCUGGAAGCAGAGGGAAAAAUCCCCAAAGAGAGAAGGAAAUACCUGCACGAGUCGCGGCACCGGCACGCCAUGGCCCGGAAACGGGGAGAGGGGGGACGCUUCUUCUCCCCCAAGGAAAAGGACAGCCCUCACAUGCAGGAUCCAACUCAAACCAACGAGGAAGCGAUGACACAGAUGAUCAGAGUCUCCUAACCCCUGCUUCCAGGGAAAAACCCCUGAAGGGAAAUCCCAUCCCUGCUGCCAGCCUGUCCUGCCUGCCCAGAGUGCCCAGUGAAUCCUGGAGUGGGACAAUCUCCAUGUCACAACCUGUCCUUUUCCACACAGCAAGCACCACGUGCUGGGGACGUGCUUGAGGUUUUAACUCUACCAACAGAACCUUCCAGACCUCCUUGGUGCCCUCUCCUGAUCCAGCACAGGGAAUUCAGAGUCUGAGCACUCAUCCCUUUGGUUUUCCUUCAUUUUCCCACCUCAAUCCCAGUGGCUGGUGCAGCUCAGCCCUGUCCUGGGACAGAUUCCAGCUCCUGAGAUUUGUUAUUCCAUCCACUCCUCACCCCUUUGGACUUGGUUUUCCCUGAGCUGGGCCCUGCUGUUGCACUUCUGACCCUGGCAGAAACUGAAGGGGGGGGGAUUCUUUUCAAUUCCACCUUGUAAAUGUGUAAAGAAAUCUUCUCUGGGAAAGGUUCAGCCAUCCAAUCAAUGCUAGAAAUAGUCAAGAUUACUGCAGGACUCGAUGUGUUGUGUCUCUGUUGCAAAGUGGGGUGGGAUUUGGGGGGGAUUGGGUCAGUAAAUCAGUCUCUGGGUGGGUCUGGAUGUUUAUUGCCAGUAUUUGUUGCUUUGGAAGAAAACUGGAUGAGAUAUAAAAAGGUUUGAAACUUUUAAGUGAGUCUCUUCCAAAGGAUUUUUUUUUGUUAGUUUGUUUUUGUUGGUUUUAGUUUGUUUUUGUUGGUUUUAAAUCUUUUUUUUCUCACCUGCCAGUGAAGUCCAGGAGAUGUGGAACCCUCAGUGUCAGUGGUGGCACUUGGCCAUUGCUGGGAACCCAAAUCAGUUCUGCAAUCCCAGAGUGAGGGAUGGAUGAUCCAGGCCAGCAGCAACUCAGGUACCUGAAGGACUCAGCAGAUAUUGAUGAACCUUUCAUGCUUUUUACAAAUUGAGCUCUUAGAAACAAAGCAAAAGUGGCACUUAGUGAAGGAGCAAUACUUACAUCAUUAAAAAUUAGAAUUUUUUCAUGAUCUACAGCUGGCUUUGGGCUGAGCAUCUCCACAGAACAGAGCUUUAAUUUAGAUUCUAAACCUGCUGUUUUAUAAUUGGAAUUUUGGUGAUGGGAGCAGUAGCUAGAAGCAUUGAACAGGUGAUUUCUCCCCAUUCCACUCCUGUCCCCUCCCACCUUGAUGAGUUCCACAGCUGCUCUGGGGAUCAUCUGCCUGCUGGAGUCCCAAAUUUUCCAAUUUUUGUGUCCUGUACUUCAGACUGGAUCACAGCAGUGAAGUUUGGGGUUGGGAAUGUUGCUGGGUGAAGUGAACCUGGCCAGGUGAAGCUGAAGAAUGAGGAAUUUUUGAGGAAAUGCAGCCAAGGAUGAAUGAGACUGGAUGAAAUGCAGUGAAUGCUGAUUUCAAGUAAAAAAUGCAGAUUGAAAAUGAUAUUUCCUCCUUCCCAUGUUUUCCCAUUUACUGGAAAAAACAAAAUCAGCAAGUUGUAAAAGACUGGGAGGAUACAAAAAGAACAGAGCCUGGAAAAUUCUGUUUCCUUUGGAUGAAAGAAAAAUAUUAAACCUGAGAGUGUGGAGGAGAAAUUUGGAUCCUUAAAUCCUGGAGGAAAGAGGGAGCCUGUCCAGGUGUGAGGAAGGACAAGGAGCAGCAGAGGGGGUUGGAGCUGGAUCUCAAAAUGAAUUCUGGUUCUGUGCCCUCCCCACAGGAGGAGGGAAGGAGCUCAGGGACACCUGCAGCUGCAGGAGAAAAAUCAACUUUUCUUCAAUUUUUGUCCUAAGCUAGAUCAGUAAUCUGACACUCUGCUCACAACUCUUAAUUAGGAUUUAUUUCUGAUCAUUUCAAGGGCGUUUUUAACAUCAGUGGCACUGUCAGGGCCUCUGCCUUAAAUCCUUGCCCAGCUCCAGCUCUGCUGCUUUUCCUCCUGCAGCAUUUGCUGGGAUCUCCCCAUUUCAGGGAUGUGCAGCUCUCCUUGAGGGAUUUUAGCUGGGUUUGCAGCAUUACUGUAAAUAUUUUUAUUUUUUUUUGGAGGAUCUGUAAAUUUUGUUGGUGGAAUAUUUGUGUGCUGGAGUAAAAGCCUCUCCAGGAUGUUUUUUGCUCUUAAAUCUCUGUCCUGAAACACCUUUUUGAGAGCUGGAAGUUUGGGAAGCAAGAUUGUUGUUCUGACAUAGAUUUUGUUUCUUUUUCUUUUUUUUAUGAGUAAUUACUUUUCUUAAAGAACUUGUAAACUUUUUUUUCCCAAUAUCCCUUCAUAUCUAGGUUCUCUGAUCCAAUGUUGUAGGUUGUGUGUGAAGAAAUGCAGAUUUGUGUUCUAGAAAGUCUUAUUGUUAAUAUUUUAAAUAGUGCUGUGAAAGCCUGAGUGCUCCUGUCAUAUUUUUAUUUGUUUUGUGUUCUGUGUAUCAUUGCUGAAAAGUUUUGUUUAUUUGGUGAGGUUGGAACCAGCAGUCAACACCAUGGUACCAAAAAAGAUCUGUUUGUAUUCCUGGGAAAUCUGAAAAUUGGAGACAUGACCAGUUCAAACCUCCCUGGUAAUUAAAUAUUUGAGAAUUCUUUGUAGAUUGGCUACACUUGAGCAAAAACUCCACUUCAGGAGUGAGUUAAAGAGUGGGUGAGGAUGAAAGAAGAGGCUUGGGGAGAAAUGUGUUUGAUUGACCAGAGCAGUGAAGCAUCAAACCCAUCAAAACCCAGAUUUAAAGGAGUGUAAAGAACAGGAUUUGGGGAAAAAAAAAAAAAAAAGAUCCUCAAGUGAUGCUAAAUGGCUUUAAGGCCCUGCAUGUUAAAAAGGGGGGAAAAAUAAACUUUUCUUUGUGAAGGGGCGUGGGAGGGUCCUGAGCUUAACAUAAUGUCAGGCAAAGUUUGUACAUAGUUCAAAAUUUUUAAUUUUUUUUAUAUGAUGCAUUUUUUCAAGUGUAUUUUGGUCUUUAAUAGAUGCAAUUGUAAGUACUGUGUACACUCUCCAGCUAAUAAAAUUUAUAAACUGA